GUGAAAGUUCACGGCAGCGAGUGGCCGGAGACAGAGAGUGUUGCGAAUGUGCUGAUCCCGUGGCCGGUGGAAAUCGAGCGCAACACCCGUCGAUCGAUCAUUUGCUAAUUAACGGCCGUGGUUAAGGCACUUGGACAUUGGAUAACUGACCCGUGUCAUUCGGACAUCGACACUGGACAAACAUCUUCGGUCAAGCUAGUUGUUAUCGUCCCGGCUCGAGAAAGCUCUUAGUCUGGCACGUUGCCUGUUUCUUUGGGUUGGCAAAGGAUUCCUUGAACUUUAACAAGGGGCAACCUCGAACUUGGUGUUUAUUAUUGUUUUCUGAACUAGGAAGAAGAGCCAGAGAAGUGCAUCGGGAACAUCAACGUCUUCUUCUGGGACAGUGUAGCCUAUUACAAGUCCAAGUGACUUGUUUGAAGGAAAGAAAGCACGCUAUAGUGUCGUCUGCUCCACCAGACAGAUUUAAACGGGAUCACGGAGGGACCCCGGCUGACGGGGGUUAACAUCAUCGGGACGGCAGAUGUCAGGAUGCCGGAGCAGAGCAACGAUUAUCGCGUGGUGGUGUUUGGGGCGGGCGGUGUCGGCAAAAGCUCUCUUGUGCUGCGUUUCGUGAAAGGAACCUUUCGUGAGUCCUAUAUACCCACUAUCGAGGAUACAUACAGACAGGUGAUAAGCUGCAAUAAAAACAUAUGCACGCUUCAAAUUACGGACACAACGGGGUCUCAUCAGUUUCCCGCGAUGCAGCGACUCUCCAUAAGCAAAGGUCACGCCUUCAUCCUGGUGUAUUCGGUAUGCUCACGGCAAAGCCUAGAGGAACUACGACCAAUCUGGGCCAUUAUUCGGGAGCUUAAGGGACAGGACAUAUCGCAGAUACCUAUCAUGCUGGUUGGGAACAAAUGUGACGAAAGUCCAUCGGUGCGUGAGGUAUCGAUGAGCGAGGGUGCAGCGGAAGCAGCCAAUUGGGGCUGCGGUUUCUUGGAGACUUCUGCCAAGACAAAUCAUAACGUGAACGCUUUGUUCCGGGACCUGCUGAUGCUCGAGAAAAACAGAUCUGUUUCAUUGCAGCCGGUACAGAGCAACAACGCAAACAGCCUGAAGGAAAAAUGCUGCGUAAUGUAACUGAUCGAAAUUGGAACAUCCGUAAUAACAAGAAGACGUGGUGCAUCGCGUAUUCAGGCAACAAGAAGCUAGAGGACGACAAGAGCAAGAACAUUUGCGCCGAUUUUUCCACCCGGCAUGGCAUCGACCGCGGUAGUCUCGACACGACCAUUAGAUAGAAUAGGUUAGAUUUGCGCAAACGAAAGGGACGAUAAACAUCCGCGAAACCACGUGUCGUACAGGGUGUAUCUAAUGCUCUUUAUUCGUUAAGAAGCUUAUUCUUACGCGAAACAAAUUUUCUAGAGCAUAUUAAGACCUCCAUGAAUGAUCGGAUAUUGUAAGGUUAUGUUCGAUGGGAUAUAAUGUGCUGAUCGUUACGACGAUCGAUUCAGAGCAUUAGGGCCGCUUUGUAGUCUCUUUCUAACCGAACGUACUCUACACUAUCGAUAGAUUUUUUAAUUUUGAUACAGAGCGACGUAUUCGGUCCGCCUCCUAGGUUUCACGUGACCAACGACGCGAACGCGUUCUUCAUUCUGUACCAGUCAGCUCGUUAGUGGAUCAUUAUACAUUUUGACCAUCUGUUCGACUAUCCCGAGCUUACUAUAUGGAAGGGCUGCGAUCGUUCUAACCGGAAACACCGAUUUAGACCAAGAACCGAUUACAAAAGCGAUCGUCCUUUUCGUGUCCAACGAAACAAACGGGUUUUCCUUGAAAGAGCAGUCAGUACAAAGUUAAUCUUGACCACGUAUUAAUAUUAAUGUACAAGAGCAUACCGAACACAUUCAACGAUCCAAGAAAGAAAAAGCUCUUUCACGAAAAUCUUCCAAGACCGUUGUCUGAGACUACUGUAAUGAUCAUUUCGAGACCGGUGUCGUAUAAGUUUCUCCAGCCAGAGGUGAAGCAUAGGAGUGAACAUGCGAACGAGAAACGACUAAACUAGGUAAAAGUUGUUACGAGAUUGGUUUUUGUUGAAUAGUUGUAAGGUUUUUGUAACGAUGCUAAUUAGGAUUUAUUACUCGACACGUUGGAUGAUACAAAACAUGUACACACACAUACACAUACACGUAAAAACAAAAGCUUACAUACAUAUACACGCACAAACACACAGGUUCAUUAGGCACCACACAUUUCCCGUGUUGACCCAGAUUUUAGUGUUUUCCUCCUGUAUAUCGUACCAGACGUAGGCGUGUUAGUGUUUGCGAGAAGACGUUAAUUAAAGGGACUC